AUGCAAACUACCACUCCAGCCCCGCCCAACACUUCAGCCCCACCUACUGCUGAUUCCGGCAGAAGCGUAACAUCAAACCCACAACCACCUGCAGUAUCCGUUUUUUCUCCAAGGUUAUUCAGUGGCCCCGAACCGCGAAAGAGAUCAGUCUUUGAAUCUCCGCCUCCAACUUAUACGCGAGAUGAGCUACAGUCCAAGUGCCAGCAUAUUCCUGAAGCUGAUCUACGCACUUCCUACAAGAGCAUUCUCGAUUGUUUCCUUGCUCCCAACAUCCUUCAUGUUCGGGUAAAGCACGUUCGAAAGGAGAAAGACUUUUAUGUACAUGAGGAUUUCCUCAAAGAUCGGUCGAAGUUCUUCAAGACCGAAGUUUCGAAACUUCACACGGCCGUCUUUCGACGUGUCGAUCUCCUCGACGUCCGCCCGGAGACGUUUGCCAUCUACGUCAACCUCCUCUAUACCAGCAAGUUGGCGACGAAAGGCCCCGAGGAGUGGCACUGGCUCUGCAGACUAUACAUACUGGCCGAAAGACUACAGGAUGUCAAGACAAAGAAUCUAACCAUAGAUGGCAUGAUCCUCUGCCUGCAGGAAACACUGCCCUUGUUCUCAUCUACACCAGUGGCUAAAGAUCGCACCAACAUCGAUGCAACAUCCUUGGCGUGGCUGUACGAACAUACACCAGAGAAUAGUGCAGCGCGCAGGCUUGCUGUCGACUACUACGUCCAGAGUGGGCGCGCAGAAUGGUUACUGUCUGAGAAGAACAAGUACCCAGCAGAAUUUAUGUUCGAUAUUGCAGUUCGUCUGAUGCAGAAGCGUCCUUCAUCACUUUUUGCAUCGGGGUCCUUCAAGACUUCGUCCUUGUACUACCAUGAGGCGGUCAUCGCAACGGAUAAGCCGGCGGCAACAGAGCAAAAAGCAGGGGUUGAGUAA